CUUUUCUCCUGUACCCGGAGUCCAAACCCAGCAAAACUGAAAAACAUCUUCUUUCAUUUGCACUUUCAGUGAAAAUGUCUUAUCAUAAGGAACUUGUGGCUGCCAAAAAAGCCGCUUCUUUAGCUGCUCAACUUUGCCAGAGAGUGCAAAAAGUACUAUUGCAAUCUGAUGUGCAAUCAAAAUCAGAUAAAACUCCUGUAACAGUCGCAGAUUAUGGUCUACUUUCUAACUUUCUUGUUCUUUGAUUAUGGGCAGUCUGGCUCACAAGCAUUGGUGAGUUUUGUACUGGGGAUAGAACUUUCUUCUGAACCAUUGUCAUUAGUAGCUGAGGAGGAUUCUACAGAUCUUUGUAAUGAUGGUGCCAGAGAUAUGCUAGAACGCAUUACAAAACUUGUGAAUGAAACUAUAACUAGUGAUGGAUCAUAUGGUAUUCCUACAUUAUCCACAGUAGAUGUGCUCGAGGCUAUUGAUAGUGGCAAAUCUGAAGGCGGUUCUGUUGGCCGGCAUUGGGUUUUAGAUCCUAUAGAUGGCACUAAAGGUUUUCUUAGAGGAGAUCAAUAUGCUAUAGCAUUAGCAUUACUUGAUGAAGGCAAAGUAGUGUUGGGUGUCCUGGCUUGUCCAAAUCUUCCAUUAGCAUCCAUUUGUUGUGAUCAUCAGAAAUCUUCAAAUAAUGAAGUUGGUUGCCUUUUCUACGCGGAAGUUGGAGCAGGAACUUAUAUGCAGCCAUUGAAUGGUUCGUCACCUGUGAAGGUACAAGUUACUACAAUUGAAAAUUCCGAAGAAGCAUCAUUCUUUGAGUCAUAUGAAAAAGCACAUUCCCAACAUGACUUGUCUAGCUCCAUUGCCAAAAAACUUGGUGUGAAAGCACCACCGGUUAGAAUUGAUAGCCAAGUAAAAUAUGGUGCUUUGUCUAGAGGAGAUGGAGCCAUAUAUAUGCGUUUUCCCCGCAAAGGGUAUUGUGAGAAAAUCUGGGAUCAUGCUGCUGGGUUCAUUGUUGUGACUGAAGCGGGGGGUGUUGUCUCAGAUGUUGCAGGGAACCCAUUGGAUUUUUCAAAAGGAAAACAUCUAGAUCUUUACAUAGGUAUCAUUGCUACAAAUCAGAAGUUGAUGCCAAAACUUUUGAAGGCAGUGAAAGAGUCCCUGGAGGAGCAAUCUUCAGCCUUGUAAUCUUAUGUAGAAACCUGAUUGAUUUCCGUGUCCCUACUCAAAAUUGCUUUUACCUCUCUGUAAGUGAAACUAAGUCCUUGUAUGAAUUGUAUUUUUUACAACUCAACUUUGAUAAAGGCUUAUGGCGAUCAAUAAAUUUGUUAAGGAUUUCAAAGGUCAAGGCCUGGUCCUUUUCCA